AUGGACUAUCCAGCACCAUCCUACGGAUAUGUAGCAAGUAGUAGUAGUGGAUCAAUCAAAUUGAAGAUUGUUUGCAUUAUCGUUGGAGUUAUCGUUGUAUUAUUUUUGAUUUUGGGUGCUAUAGCAAUUGCACUUGGUGUGGGUCUCGGAGUUGGGUUGAAGAAAUCUGGCUCCUCAUACUCGUCCAGGAUGUCGACAACUUCUACGACUACAUUCAGUCCAUGCCCUACUUGUGGCUGCUCAUCGGUUAGCAUCAGCUCAACCCUGGUACGUAUCGUCAACGGGAACACUGCAAUACCAAAUAGCUGGCCAUGGAUUGUGGCUAUUUACGAGAACGGUGAAUUUACUUGCGGUGGCUCACUCAUCAGUUAUCGGCAUGUGCUAACCGCAGCUCACUGCUUGAUCGGAGUAUCACCGAGUUCCCUGACUGUCUAUGCUGGCUUGCAUAAGCUUUCUGAUAGAAAGACCAGUCAAAGUCGUAGCGUUAUUUCCAUAUGGUAUCAUCCUGAUUAUAAUAACGACACCAUAGAUUAUGACAUUGGCAUCAUAAAACUGUCAUCAGCUUUUACUGGAACAGGUACAACUAGCCUUGGUUGUCUGCCUUCAGCAAGCAAUCCAGUACCAAGUCUCAAUGAGAAGGGUAUGGUAAUUGGAUGGGGAAAAACAUCGGCCUUAGCUGGCAUACCUGAUGAGAGUACAUUGCAGCAAGUCAUGCUUCAAGUUCAAAAUACGUCGCCCGACUGUGAUCUGGGUUCUUCAACUAACCGAAAGUUUUGUGCCGGUUUUGGUCCGACUGGUGCCUGUUUUGGUGAUAGUGGAGGCCCAAUUAUGACGAAUGUGAACAAUACAUGGACGUGCACCGGAAUCGUGAGCUAUGUAAGAAGUAACUGUAAUGGCCGCUCGGUUUUUACAAGAGUGUCUUUCUAUCGAUCACUAAUUGAUGCUAAACUGCAAACAAUGUAA